AUGUCAUUUCAAUGGUCACCCGAGACGUUUGCAGAGAUUUAUAAUGCCAUCAAGUUUCAACCAGACCUCGACUUGUCUACAAUAGAUCUUGAGUCGAUCAACAAUGAUCUUCUUCACGUACUCAUUACGCCAUUACCACUGCAAGAAUCGAGAUCAAAACUAGAGAAGCCAGUUAAGUUUAGCAAUGGCGACGAAGUCCAGCUCAACCAGCCAUUUGUUGAAACAAGUGUUGUAUUGGCUACAGAAUUGGAUUUGGAUGAAGUAUGCACAGCAGAAUUGUUGUUUAAUGCACAAGAGUUGAGUUUUAAAAAAGGUACUUUGUUGACUGACUCAGCGAAAUUGAGCUAUUAUCUGCGAUACGAAUACAUUUUGAAUAUCUUGGGCUACUUGAUCAACCAGAAAGUAUUGAACUUGAAUGUAGAGCAAGUGUUUGAUAAUGCCAUUGCUAGUUUCAAGAAAAUUUAUACAUUGAUUGGAAAAUUAAAUGAUGCAAUUGAUAAAGAAAAAGUUACUGGGGACGUAAACAAUUUGGUCUUUAUAAAUGCAAUCAACUUUGCAAAAAGACAAUUGUUCAAGUGUCACGAACUAUUGGGCUUGAUCUUGUUUGGUUUGAGUCAACUGUAUUUCGACAAGAUUGGGAAAUUGAAAAACUUCCAAGCAGUGAUUGAUGUAGCCAAAAGCUUGGACAAUAACAAUAUAUUACUCGUCCAUUUCAUCCCAUUUGUGUUGAAUUUUUACAAAAUGUCAACCGAUAACAGCACGCUUAUGAAUGAGCUCUAUAGCCAAAUUACUAAAACAAUACCGUUGGAAAAAAGCGAGACUUAUGACUUGUCACAAACAAAAAUCAAGGCCUUUGAGAUACUUGUCGAUUUUGUAUUCUUUACAGAGUUCAUUCCCUGGUGUAAAGCCCAAAAUUCUUCAAAGUAUACAUUUCAAGAUAGUAUCAUCAAAUACAUGGAACAAUUAAUUGGCUAUGGUGCAAUGGAGAUACUACUCAAUUUUUGUGCUGAAACAGCAAAUAAUGAGACACAACAAGCAUUUGAACUUUCUCAUACUUAUGAUUUCCGAUCUUUAUUACAAAGAAACUUUCCGCAAUUAGAGCCAACAAAGUUUGCAUAUCCUGGCACCCCCGAGCUUUUAAAUGCAGCACGACAAAGACCAGAUAUGAGUACCAACAUUCUUAAGCUCACCGAUGUUUCGUUUUUAAAACUUGAUCCGAAUUUGAAUGACUCAUUAAUUUCGCCGCUUUUCCAAACUUUUUUUAGCUCUUUCAUAUCCAAUGCAGCACUUAUCUUAACUUCUCUUCGAGACAGUGAAGAAGACUUUGUCCUUUCAUUUCAAGAUCGACACCAUACAGAAGAAGAAGAAGAAGAAGAAGAAGAGGAAGAACAAAAUCAAGAAGGUGGAGAUGGUACAGGAGCAAGAGAAAAGGAAGGGAAAGGAGCAGCUGGGAAAAACAACAAUUAUCCUGAAAGGCAAUUUGAGGAAACGAGUGAUGGCAACAAUAGUGACAAUGACCGAGAAAAUGGUAAACAUAAAUCUAAAAAGUCAUCACUACUGGAGUUUGACCAAAUAGCACAACGAGCAGAUUUGGAACGCUUCUAUUUGGCGUUUGCAUAUAACUUUAACAAUAGACCUGAGCUUUGCUCCGAGUUUUGGAAUGAUGAGGAAAUGCUGGAUGUGAUUAUAGGUUUUUUGUCGUGGGGAUUAUCCAAUAAUACGUCGCCCUUGAUUGUUGCAUCUUUCUGUGCUCUCCUAGCAUCCUUGACAUCCGGAGGUUCGCAUAUGGCAACAAGGAUCUGGGAUAUCCUAAUUCAUAAUAGUUUAAGCAUGAAAAAAAAUGAUUUUUCAAGGAUUUCGAUUGACUCGAUCCAUGACUCGCUUGCUUAUUAUAUUGACUCAUUAAAGACAAAUUUUGAUGAGGACUUGGCAGAACAAGUGCUGGUGUUGCAAAAAAAGCACGAGUUUAUGUUUACUAGCAAACCCCCAGUUGAUGUUGAUGGUUCCGGGCAGAAUCACAUCAUAAUUGAGUUGGCCGAAGAUUCCAUUGUUUCUAUUGCGGGUUUUACACACCUUUUGUCAUCAAUUAUCAAAAAUCUUUCCGAUAAUUCACCACGUGACAGGGAAAUUCGCAAAGUUGCCUUCCAAAGGUUUAUGCCUAUAAUUGGCCAAUUUAUGACAUUGGAUAAUUUGAUCAAUGGGGGCAAAAUCUUGCAAGUGAAUAUUAAUGCUGGUACUUCAAGCAGUCCCAAAUACAUUGACUUGCCUGAAAUUCAUGUCAGCAAUGAUUCAAGAGUAAUUCUACUCAACUUGGUUUUCCGCCUUUUGGGCAAUUUUGCCGAUAACCACAAUAAUGAUGAUGCAUUUAUGCGUUAUGAGAUUUGGAGGCUACUUGACCGUUGGAUGUAUCACGGUCUUCAUUUGGCGCCAACACCAGGCCAAGAUAAAUCGAAUGACGUGUUUGGUAAGGAGAUUGAUAGUAGAAAGUAUACAAGAAAGAGAUCUUUGGGAAUGAUUGAAGUAUUUUCACAUAACUUGACACAUUACAGUGAGAUUUUAAACUUUACUGAUCUCGUGAAAAGAUUACUUGGACAAUUGGGUGGAGAAAGUGCGUUUGACAAAUAUACACUAGCCUAUCCAUGUGAUUUAGGGUUUGGAUACAGACCAAAUAACCAGAUCGGUGUAUGGCCCUAUAUGCAGUUUAUUCUUUUGGAGGUGUUUGCCAAAUCCAAUGACUUGACAAAUUUAAAUGACAGAAUUGCAUUGCAAAGUAUUCUACUCUCCACUUGCAUUGAUUCCUUAUCUGAAGUUGAUUGGAGGUUCUUGAGCCAUACUGCUUUGAAAGUGAUUAGAGAUUUCAAGUCGUUUGAAACAAUUUUUGACUCAUUAAUGCCGGGAAUAGCGAUAAACUACGAUGCUUUUGUUAAAUUGCAUCAUUCGUUAGCUAUUAUUUGUUACUUCUUUGAUGCCAAAGCUUAUAAGGCGUUGCUUAGAGUUAUUGAUAUUGGGGUUGAUGCGGUUAACUCAUCUCCCGAGGUCGGUCAAUUAGUGGGUUUAGCGCUUGAGUUGUUUUCAAAAUUAUUGGACAUUCAAAAAACAUAUCAACUGUACUUACUUCCAGUGCUCAAAAGCAGAAGUAUUGUAGCACAGCCCGUGCAUAGAAACUCAAUCCUGACGAUUGGCGGUACUUCUACAAGCUUAGUAUUGAGCCUGGCACAGAAUCAACAAUUAAUAUCACUGCAAACUAUAUUUGAGAAUAUAUACCUUGCAAAAAGCUUAGGCUCUCAAGGAGUGAACUCCUUUUAUGAAAUUUUGUUAUUUCACAUACACUCGAUUGUGCACAUUGCUUUGUUUGUUAAUUGUGAAAACUCAAUCUCCAAAAAUGCUUUAAAGAUCCUCAAGGGUAUCACAGAAUCUGCCCAAUUUAGUCGUGCUGCUAGAUCAAAUACCGAUCCAUUGAUUAACAAUGAUCGUUUACUCACUACAUUUCAAAACAUUGAUGAAUCUGAAAAGCUCAAGUUUGCAUUUAUUGAUAAAUUCGAAGAAGUUGAAGAUAGCCUUGAUAUGAAAUUUGAUAUACUUGAGCUCAUCUCGUCGAUAUUGGACCAAUCUAAAAAUUCGGUUAAUGUUGCUCAUUUGCUCUUAGGAUACGAAAUUAAAGGAUAUAGACUUUUUUGGAAGAAUGAUUCUGUUCAUAGCACAUUUUUGGAAGUGUUACUCAAUACAUUGAGCGUCAGUUUGACUUUGAUUUCAGAAUUGGACUACAACAAUGGGAAUAGACACCUUAUUGAUGUUGGUCCAGCUAAACUUUCGUCUUUGAUUUUGCAAAUUUUGAUCAAGUUAUGCAAAUCGCCAGUCUCAGCGUCUUUGACAACGUCAUUGAUUCGAAACUAUGAUAGUUUGGUAAACAAAUUGAUUAUUUCCCAACCAAAGCUCGAUCUCUUGACAAUAUGGGGUUCAAGUGGUUCUGAAUUCAAUGGCGAUUUAUCUACUGAUAUAGAGAACAAAUUCAUCAAUUCAAUACUGAGUAUCGAUGCCUUUAUCUCGUUUAUCAAACAACGUGAGCUUGCACUCGAGCUAUUAUCCAUUGAGUAUUAUAGUGCGGAUUCGGCAGAUAAAAAGAAAAACUACACAUCGCUUCUUAUGGACAAGAAUGAGUUUCCUUCAUCCUCAGCCAAGAUCCUUGAUUUCUUGGAUGUAUUGAAUUACAUUUUCAAGAAUUUCAACAUUACAAAGUACGACAGCUUGAAUAGAAAAUUUGAUAUGAAUCUUAUCUUGGAAGAGGUUGAUGAAUCAGAUUAUCGUUUAAACUAUUCAGUGUUGAGAAACACAUUCAGGAUCUUAUGUCAAGGAUCAACCCUUUUCACACCUGAGGCAAAGCAAUCAUUUUCUGAGGAGUUGAUGGUACAGGGUAAUAAAAUACACGAGUUUGUGACCAAGUACUUAGUCAUGACAAAUACAAGAGAUGUUCAGUUCAAUUGUUUAGUAUCUUGGUGUCUGUUGGUCAAGAUUCUCAUUAUUGAAGACCAAAUUCAAUCCAGCGACUUGAUUAUUGAAAUCUUCAAUUCAAUAUUGCCCAAAGUUUUGGAAUAUUUGGAAUCCGAUGUUGCUUUUUCAGAAGAGUUGGUUUCAUUGUGUGUGUCAUUGUUUGAAGUUUACUGUAAAAAGUUUUGCUCAUUGAAAAAGGGUGCACUUGAAAAAGCAACCAUGUUGUCUAAGAUAUUACCAUUACUCCAGACUAGUAUAAAUGGUAUCUCGAGCUCAUACUCCACUCCCAAUUUUAGAGCUGAGUUGUACUCGGUGUUUAACAAGUUUUUGCUCGAAUCAUUUGAUAGCUCCUCUCUUUCGAUUAAAAUUGUGAAACAGAUCAAAGCUGCUGGCAGUAAGCUUAUACCUACCAUUUGUAAUGAUUUGUCAUAUUCGGAAGGAUUAGCGAGGAUUAAUGCCAUUUUUGCAUUGGAAGCUAUGCUUAGGUUGGGUAUUAGUACAAAGACUGAUUCCAUAAACGAAAGCAUGACGCAGACAAAUUUCUUAUCUCAGAUGCUAAGAUCUAUUAGAAGAACAGAUCAAGUGAUCCACUUGGCCUCCAGAGGCGAGUCUCACUUUAGUUUCAAUGAAUUGUUUGUUGAUUUGACUGCAUUUAAAGCAACGCUUUACUUGUUGAUCAAGCUUGCGCAAACCAAACUGGGUGCCUUGCAGAUUCUUCAAAAUGAAUUGUUUUCAACUCUUAGAAGCUUGAAACUUUUACAGAUUGAUCCCGAUUUGGGUUUGAACUUGUUUGUUAGCGAGACUAGAGAGGUGAAGAGUAUGACCAUAAAGGUUUUGUUGGAUACUCCGUUGUCCUUGACUGACUUGGUCAAUACAGAGAAGAACAAAGAAGGUGAUGAAAACACCAUUUCGUAUUUUGAUUUGGUUAUUCCUAUAUUUGAGUUGAUAUCCACAAUCUUGGUGACCAUGGGUCCAAACUAUAAGCCUGCAAUUAUCGAAACAAACUUGUUGAUGAAAGAGAAUGUAAGGCAAUUGGUUAUAGGAGUAUUGAAGCGAGAAUAUUUGCUUGAUUCUAAUCAGGUUAGUAAGGAGAUCUACGAGAAGGAUAACCACGAAAUUAAUCUAUUGAAGAAAUUGGUCCAUUCAUUUACGGUUAUCAAUUCUUUGGCUGCUUGA